AUGAAAUUUUGUGCGCUUUGUAACGUGAUAUGUAUUGUUUUGUUACUUUUGAUAAAUCAAUUGUAUCUGUUUUAUACACCGUAUUUUCUGGACUAUAAACCACUACUUUUUGCACAAGCCACUGUGCGGUUUACUAUGGAUUCUUUACGAUGGAUGGUUUUUAUGCCCAUCCUCCUGCUCUGAGCAGGUCCAGGCCAUACCAGGGUGUUCGAGUCAAAGAUCCAGUUAAAGAGCUGCUGCGAAGAAAAAGGAAUGCAGAGUGGCCAAGCACCAAGACAACUUCACAUCAUAUUGCACCUAACAUGACCCAAGAGGUGAUUACACAUAACAACCAGUCGACAUUGGUACAAGGAAUCUUUGAGCAAGACAUAGCCAGCUGCUCCCGAGCAACGUCUCUAGAAUGUGAUGGAGAAAUGACACAGUGGAGAGCUUCACUACCUGUCAGCGGGAAUGGACCGACAGUCACGUCUUGGUCCUCACCCGACUACAGUCAGCAGGUCACUUCCGCUCAGCCUCUGGCUGGAUCAGCUGGCCCUACUUUGACAGCUGAUGUCUACAUGCAAACUCUGUGCCCCAGUUACACCAUGCUAACCUACACACAGACACCAUUACUCACUAACGUUGGGACCAUACCUGUGGCUGCAACAUCAUGUGCCCUUCCUCAUAUGGACCUUCCAGAUUCAGGGUGUGCUUAUAUCCCCUGGGCCCAGCCCCUCACCACCAUCUCCACCAUGAUCUCAGGGGUCCAGUUUGCCCCAGGUUCAACAACUCUAUCAGGAUCCUGUCUGGUACAGAUGCCGUUGUCCAAGUCUUUGGCCAGCCAAGGUCAUCAGCCACAUUUAUUGGACCCACUGGAGUAUUCAGACCAGACAAACUCCAAAACAGAGGAGGUGAUUCAUGAAGAUCAAGCGGAAGAACUGGAAACACCGAACCUACUUGAUAAAAUUCUGGAGGAUCAGGGGAAAGAUGAAUAUUCAGGAGGCAAGGUGUCAUAUAGUAACUCCUUCUUUUUGCCUAGUGGUUUUGACACCUAAUUUUUAUGAACAGAGUACUUUUUGGCUCCACUGAUGACAAAAGUGCUGUUGUUGACUUGCCUGCUUGUUUGUUUUUGGGCAGAAUUAAAAAAAAAACAAUAUCUACCAUGUUUCCAUGCAUAAUGCGCAAAAUUUAAUUAAUUUAUUGUCCUAAAACCUGGGGUGCGCAUUAUGCAUGGGUACUACAAUUUCUUAAGAAAAUCUCCCUCGAAAUCACACCUUUCUUCUUGUUGUCAAUCGCGCAUCGCAUUCAGCCAUCAUGCCCAACACAUUCAGUAAAAUUCAUAAUUGACGACACAUCGUUUGAUGCGAUGGUGCAAUCCUUGAUGGUGUGUUAUUGUCAAAUAUUGUUUGUUUUUUAAUCUCCAUCGCAAACCGGAUAUCAUACAGAGGCCGCCAUUACAGAUGCGCAGAACAAUGAUGUGGAAGACACGUCACCUAUAUAAAGAGCGAGAGUUCAGUUCUCUACCUAAAUGCGUAUUACAGGUAAUAUUUUAUUUCACAACACUUUGCCUUGUUCCUUUCUUCUGUGCUGUUCACUUCAAACACGCUCCAUACGAACACAAUGCUCUCGUAUCAGAUGCUUGCUCGAUCACCUGUUCGUUUGCUGUCACAAUGUACCCUACACAAAUCCGAAACAUUUCUUUGCUAUCGAGUUUGCUACCGCAUGCGCACUGAUACUGACCGUCAGAAUAACAUCCGGUUGUUCCCAAAGAUGAUCUUUUUUCUGAAAUAAUUGUACGUUUACGGACUUAAGUAAGAGUCAACAUUUUGGUGCGUAUUAUACAUUGGUCCAGGCUUUUUUCCAGCAUCGACAUGCCAUUUUUAGGGUGCGUAUUAUGCACGGGGGCGCAUUAUGCAUGGAAAAACACGGUAAUUUUAAUGAAAACUGGCAUACUUGCACCCCUUCCAAUUUUAGUGUAAAUUCCAAUAAAGUAAUAAAAGAGGACAAAACAAACUCUAGAAAUCUAUUUGUAGCUCUGAUUUAAAACCAAUAAUACAUAGUGUAAUUUGACACCACAUAUUUUUCUUCCUCUUAGAAUAGCUGUGCCACCCUCAGGAUUGUGCCAGUGAGUCAGCAUAAAUCCCAUUCACUUGACACAAAGACUGAGAAUCAUGUGUAGUGUUUGAGUCACCGCUUGAGUCAUUUUUCCAAAAUAAAAAACAGCUAGAUAAGUGAUGAGAGAGCUGUGACUGUUUACAUAAGUAAUCAUGGUACAUUCUUACACUGUAAUACUUGUCAGCAUAUGCACUUCCUUAGGCAAGACUCGAAUACUUAGGAUCUGGGUUGUUGUAUGUAUGUCAUUCCAGGAGCAGUGCAUGAACAUGAGUGUUAUUUAAGUGUUACAUAAGUGUGAUGGCAAUUUAAAUCCCCAAAUCUGGUCAUACAGGCUUGUCUUGCAACAAGAGCAUCACACUGGACACAAGCAUAUCUGAUAAUAAAUCACAAGACAACAUUAUGACAUCCAUCCAUUCAUCCACCCAUCCACAUGCUGUUCACGGUCAUGGGGAGGUUUUAAAAGCUUUAAUCCUUGCAUCAACAAUUUAAUAAACCUUUGUAACAGUUACUGUUUCGUAACGUUCUCUAACAGCUCAGCUUCAUUCUUUUGGUGAUGUAUUAAAAUUAGUUUAAUUAACAGCAACUACUUUUUUUUAUGAAUCAUUUGUUCGAUUCAAAUAAAUUCACUAUUAGCCGGGUUUGUUAAACUUACAAUUAUAUUUGAACAGCAGAAGAAACAAGCGCACGUUUUGUAAAACAGGUCUGUUUUUCUGUCUAUUCCACGUAUUCUUCCACAGUAUAUUCUUGUGAGUAUCAAGCUGUUACAAGAGAUGGAGCUCCACAAAUAUGUAUAUGAGUGUUUCAUAAAGAAAUGUUUUUUCUCUAA